AUGGCAACUUUAUACGAUCAACAUGCUCUUGAAACACAACACGAGGAUAUGAUUCAUGAUGCUCAACUUGACUAUUAUGGCAAAAAAUUGGCCACUUGUUCUUCCGAUCGUUCUAUUAAAAUAUUCGAAAUUGACGGCGAGAAUCGGCGGCUAAUUGAAACAUUGAAAGGCCACGAAGGUCCCGUAUGGCAAAUUGCUUGGGCGCAUCCAAAAUUCGGAAAUAUACUUGCUUCAUCUUCAUACGAUACCAAAGUAAUUAUUUGGAAAGAACAAAACGGAAAUUGGUCAAAGAUCAAGGAACAUUCGAUGCACACAGCAUCUGUAAAUUCGGUUGCAUGGGCACCUCAUGACUUUGGUCCUAUCCUUGCGUGUGCCUCUUCUGAUGGAAAGGUCUCUGUACUCACAUUUAAAGAUGAUGGUACAUGGGAUGCUCAUAUGUUCGAGGCUCAUGGCAUAGGCGCAAAUUCUGUUAGUUGGGCACCCGCCACAGUGCCCGGGUCACUUGUCCAGGUAACGGGCGGUGCACCAAAUUUGAAACAGGCAAAAAGAUUCGUAUCAGGCGGAUGUGAUAAUUUAGUCAAAAUUUGGGCUUAUAGAGAAGAAUCUAAUUCGUGGACAGAAGAAGAAAGCCUUGAAGGACAUUCCGAUUGGGUACGUGAUGUGGCUUGGGCUCCGAACAUUGGUCUACCAAAAAGCUACCUUGCCAGUUGCUCACAGGACAAAACAGUACUUAUUUGGACUCAGGAUAACUCAAAAUCAGAAUGGAACAAGAAAUCUCUUCAACCAGAACGUUUUCCUGAUGUUGUCUGGAGAGUUAGUUGGUCAUUAUCGGGUAAUAUAUUGGCGGUAGCCUGUGGUGAUAAUAAAAUCUCUUUGUGGAAGGAAAAUCCACGUGGUGAUUGGGAAAUAUAG